AUGGAGCUAAUUAAAAGUAAUGAUGCAAGUGUGACAUUUGCUGAACCAACAACAGCAGCAUCACUAGUUUGGCGAAAUUUUAGUUGUAUUUAUGUUGAUAAUCAAAAGCAAAAUUUUGUGUCUUGUGAUACAUGUAAAGAUAUUCUACAUCACAAAUCAAUUGAUGGCACAAGUAGUAUGAUGAAGCAUUUUCGAUCAUGUGAAAAAAAUUCAAUAAACAAUAAUAAUGAAAGUUUAACUAUUAAUGAAUAUUUUUCUUCUCUUAAAACCAGAUCUGUUCCAACAAGAAGCAAGAAGAAAGUUUUAAAUGCAACUGUUGAACUAGUUGCUAUGGAUAAUCGUGCAUUUGAACUUGUUGGUGGUAAUGGUUUUAUAAAUUUAGCGCAAACUAUAUUUGAUGUUGGACAAGAACUGUCAAAAUCACAAAAUAUCAAUGUUUCCGAUUUACUACCACAUCCAACAACUGUAAGUGUGAGUUUUUGUGGUAUUUCUUUUCAUUUCUUAAAUGAAGAACUUCAACUAUACGCUUUUAUUUUGGGUUGCUAUCCAUAUGAUCGAGAUAAUCAAAGUUCAAGUCAAAUACGACAAUUUGUUGAUGCUAAAUUAUUGGAGUUUGAUUUAUCACUGGAAAACAGCAAAUUCGUGGUGACAGACAAUGAAAAUAAAAUGAAAUCUUGUUUCAAAGAGCCGUGCAUCAGAAUUGGUUGUUCAAUUCAUUAUCUGAACAAGCAAUUAGAGCAUUGCUUUACUUCUGUUACUCUAGAAAAAAUUUCUGUAAAUUGUGAUCUAGUUCAAGAAAUGUUCGAUUAUAUACGAAAAAUCGUAUCUCAUGUGAGAAGAACACACAAGCAAUCAAAACUACCACGUAAACUUCAAUCUUAUUCUUAUACUAGAUUUAAUGGUGCUUUUCUUACAAUGAAUGUGUUUUUAACGGUGUUUGAUGACUUAGUUGGUGUUUUAGAUCGAACAUUUCUGGAUGAUUAUAUGCUAAUAGAUAAAGAUUUACUUGAACAUGUUUGUUCGUUUCUAGGUCCAUUUGAAGAAGUAAUUAAUGAACUUAGUUGUGAUAAAAAACCAACGAUUUAUAAGGUGUUGCCACUAAGACAAUGUUUAAUAAAUCGAUGCACCAUUCAUCAAGAUGAUCACGAUGGAAUUCGUCAAAUUAAAACUUUUUUAAGUAAUACGAUAAUCGAAAAAUUAGUAAAAAAUUGCAAAAUCUUUUCUUCAUACAGUAGAAUAAAUGACCAAUAUUCGUUACCGGUUGAGAAACUAAAAUAA